UGUAUAUUAUAAUUUACGUUCCUCCCUCUCGUAACACUUUCCGUCGUUAAGAAUUCAUCGUUGGCAUUUUUGUUUUAAAAUAAAUAAUAAGUUUAAUUUGAAAAUGUUUUUUAUAAUUUGAAAUUUUUUCAAACAAGAAAGAAGAUAAUCAUGCAGAUAUGCCUCAAACUGAAAAAAUAAACAUCUCCGCUGCUAACUCAACCACACAAACAAGUAAUUCUGUGAAAUAUGGCGAACUAGUUAUUUUAGGCUACAAUGGAUGUUUAUUUAAUGGAGACAAAGGAAGGAGGAGAAGUAAAUUUCAAUUGUUCAAAAGACAAGUGCCAAAUGGCGUAAAAGCUGCCAAACACCACAUUGUAAAUAACCCACAGCAAUCAGAACUGAUUCAAAAUUGUCAUCAGCAUUCUGUGUCUUACACGUUGAGCAGAAGCCAGGCUGUAAUAGUUGAGUACGAUCACGAUUGCAACACAGAUAUGUUUCAGAUAGGAAGGUCAUCCGAAGAACAAAUAGAUUUUGUGGUCAUGGAUACAAUACCAGGAACUCAGAGAGGUGAUCAGUCAGUAAUAAUGCAGAGCACGAUAUCGAGGUACGCGUGUCGCAUUCUCGUGGAUAGGACUCAUCCAUAUGCUGCACGUAUUUAUGCUGCAGGUUUUGAUAAUGGAAAAAAUAUAUUUCUGGGGGAAAAAGCAACAAAGUGGUACACAGAUGGUGAAAUAGAUGGGCUAACUACAAAUGGAAUACUCAUAAUGCACCCUAUAAAUGGGUUCACAGAAAACUCCAAAACGGGUUUGUGGAGGGAGCUGUCAGUUGAAGGUGGUCUUUAUGCUCUGAGGGAGUCACGAUCUGCACCCAAUAAGGGAAAUCUAGUAUCUACGGAAAACAAUGUCUUAAAAGAUGGGACCCUGAUCGACUUGUGUGGGGCUACGUUGGUCUGGAGGUCCAAUGAAGGUCUCGUGCAAGGACCUACUUUGGUCGAGCUGGAAAAACAAAUAGAACAAAUAAAUGCUAGUCGUCCACAAUGUCCAGUCGGGCUAAACACGUUGGUUCUACCGUGCAAGAACUCAAUGACGGACAACGAAAAAGCUCCAUACGUCUACUUGAAGUGUGGUCACGUACAUGGACAGCACAGUUGGGGCAAGGGAGAUGAUCUAAACAACUGCACCUGUCCGAUGUGUAGAGAGGUGGGACCAUUCGUGAAACUGCAGCUUGGAGAAGAAACAAGCUUCUACAACGACAACGGCAUAAUAACGCACUGUUUUUCGCCUUGUGGUCACAUGGCUUCCGAAAAAACUGUCAGGUAUUGGUCCACAGUGCAAAUACCUCAUGGUUGUCUAGGAUUCCAACCGGCCUGUCCUUUCUGUGCUACCGUUCUCAACGAAUUAAAUCCGUGGGUGCGACUUAUAUUUCAAGAUAACAUGGAUUAACUUGCUUACACGGACUACAAGUUUAAAAUGUACAUAGAUGUAAAUGUACUUUAGGUUUAUGUUUCUCAAAAUUUAUGCAAUUUCACUAUUCAGUUAAAAGUUAUUCAUAACUAGCAAAUUGGAAAAAAAUCAGGAUAUAUUUCAAAUAUAAAUGAAAACAAAAUGUUGCAAUUGCUAAUAAAGUAAAAACUAAUUGCCGUAAUUGAAAAAUCGCGAUGUGAACAAAUUGAAAUAAAAUGUACAAUAUCAUGACCAAGCGUAUUUCGUUAUAGCAAAAAAACAAAUUCGAAUAUGUGAUUGUGGACCAGUAGUUGUGAAAGUAUACAAAAUUAGUUUCAACAUAAGUUUAAAUGAUUUUUAAAUCCAAUAAUAAGGUCUCUUUAAAAAAACUGCAAAUAUUUUGACAUUUAAUGUCGCUUCAGUGUUGCUUUGGUUGUCCGU